AGGCCAUACUUCAAUGAAUGGACAGGUUUCCCUGCUGCUUCGAAGAGCUAUUUCGGUGAAAACUUUUCAUUUGAAAAGGUUUGUCUCCACCUCAACUUUCUCCUUCUCCAACUCCCUACCUUACAAAAUGCCUGUUGACCGUAGCCUCUACAUAAUUCCAAACGAAACACCAGUUUGUCAGCUAGAUGCGGCUGAUGCUUUCAAGACGUUAUCUGAGAAGGAGAAAAAGUAUUCUCAUUACGUGGCCAAGGCAUCUUUUGACGGUGCUCUUGCAGUUUUCUUGCAAGUUUCACCGGAAUCUGCGCCGAUUUUCUACGUUUUGUACAGACUUUUCAAAUCGGAGUCUGUCGAGCAGUUGAAGGAAAAGGCACUUUCCGUAGGAUUCACCGAUGCUGAAUGGCAAGCUUUUCUUGUUUAUGCUGCAGCUUUUUAUUCCAAUUCUGGAAAUUAUAAGGGAUUCGGAGAUACAAAAAUCGUCCCAGGUGUCGAGCAGACCAAAAUCCGUGCUUUACUCGAGAAGUCUGCCGUUGGAACUGAUGAGAAAGUUAUGAAGACAUGGGAGUCCGUGGAGAAGGUCAUUGGAUCGUUGGAGUCUAACGAGCUUCAGUUGGGAUUUGGUGAUAAGGGAGUCACUUGCUAUCAUUCUUCAAACGUCACCAAAGCUGACGCCGAGAAAAUUGAUAGAUUCUUCAAGCAACGGAAUGUUGAGUCAUGGAAUUCUCGAUUAUUCAAAGAGGUUGGAUCCGAUGGAAAGACCACAUACACCAUCAAAUUAGCAUCUUCUGAAGAGGGAAUCGUGUCAGAAGCUGUUGAAUUUGAAGGAGACGUUGUACAAAUUGUCAGAGGAGACUACGCUUUGAUUAUGAAGAGAACUCAUGAAUGGUUGGACAAGGCCAUUCCAACUGCGGCCAACAAGAAUCAGGAAGAAAUGUUGCGAAAAUACGUUGAACAUUUUAAAAAAGGAGAUAUCGCGUUGCACAAGGACGGUUCUCGGUAUUGGAUUAAGGACGUUGGGCCAGCUGUCGAGAGUUAUAUUGGAUUCAUUGAAAACUACAGAGAUCCAGCCGGAACUCGCUCAGAGUUUGAAGGUUUUGUGGCUGCUGUCAACAAGGAGACUUCCAAAAAGUUCCAGACAUUGGUUGCAAAUGCUGAGAAUAUUUUGAAGCGUCUUCCAUGGGGUACUGACUAUGAGAAGGAUACUUUCCUCAAGCCCGACUUCACUGCCUUGGAUGUGAUCGCGUUUGGAAGCAGUGGAAUUCCAGCAGGAAUCAAUAUUCCCAACUACGAUGAUAUUCGUCAAAACGAAGGAUUCAAAAAUGUCUCACUUGGAAAUGUAAUCUCAGCUCAACCAAAGCAGAAAAUGAAUUUCUUAGAUGAACACGAUGAGGAAUUGAUGUUCAAGUAUCACAAAGACUCAUUUGAAGUUCAAGUUGGACUCCAUGAGCUUCUUGGUCAUGGAUCUGGAAAGUUGUUCCAGAAAAAUUUGGAUGGAACCUUCAAUUUUGAUACAAACAAAGUCAAAGAUAUCAUUACUGGAGCACCAAUUGCCACUUGGUAUGAGCCAGGAGAGACUUGGUCUUCAAAGUUCGGACCACUUGCAUCUGCUUACGAAGAAUGCCGUGCUGAAGCUGUUGGAUACGUUCUCUGUUGUGAUGCUGAUAUUCUUGAAAUUUUUGGUUACACUGGAGAUCUCGCACAAGAGGUGAAGUAUGUCAACUGGUUGAGCGAGAUUCGUGCUGGUCUUCUCGCACUCGAGUUCUAUCAGGCUGAACAAAAGAAAUGGGGACAAGCUCAUUGCUAUGCCAGAUAUGUAUUGACGAAAGUGGUAUUGGAAGCUGGCCAAGGAUUUGUGAAGAUCGAGGAGACGAAGGGAGAAGAUGGAAAACCAGAUCUUCAUUUCAAACUUGAUCGCAAUCUCAUUGAUUCUGUCGGACGUCCAGCUGUGAACACAUUCCUUGCUAAACUUCAAGCCUACAAAUCAACUGGUGACUUUGAGGGUGGAAAACGUCUUUUCGAGUCGUACGGUGUCGUUGGAGAUACUGAGCUUCACUGGCGUGACAUCUGUAUUGCUCGCCGCAAGCCGAGACGUCUCUUUGUGCAGCCAAAUACAGUUGAAAAGAACGGAGAAAUCUCAUUGGUGACGUAUUCUUCGGAUGUUUCGGGUGUCAUUCAAUCAUUUGUCGAAAGAUAUGAAAAAUCGGCUGUUGAGGAUCUUUAUGCAUGCUGGAAAGAUGAUCAGAAAUGGUUCUAAGCGCGCCUGCGUCAUAUUUAUUUUGUAUUACCAGAGCUUUUUUCAAUUUUAAUGGUUUCAGUGCAUAAGAUUGUUAGUGAUUUUUAUCAAUUUUUCCUGUUUUUCUCUUUAAUUUUUGUGAUUUUAAGCAGCUUUCACUGUCAGAAAUGAAUUAUAUUUAUUUU